AUGAGGAUCUCUGCUCUGGCUGUGCUGGCCUGGGGCGCUUGUGUGGCGGCCAGCCCUCUGGGUGGUGUUCAGCAUCGCGGUUUGUCUCCGCAUGAAUAUGCUUGUGAGAAGCCACAUGAGAUGUCUCAUCCUGCUCCUGCCCCUGAGCCUGUGCCCUACCCUGCUCCUCAACCUGCUCACGAGCUAGCUCCUGUUCCUCAGCCCGAGCCUGCUCCUCAACCUGCUCCUCAACCUGCUCCCGAACCAGCCCUUCAGCCAGCUCCUCAGUCCGCUCCUGAGACCGCUCCAGCUUCGGCUCUCGCCCCGGGCCCCGGCCAAGGUUGCGACGAACAUUCCUGCCACGGCACCGGCCACCUCGUCCAAGACCUGGGCAACCCGACCCAUAAGCUCCUGCACGUCGUGGGAAUACACCGUGAAGAACUCCUUAUCAAGUUGAGCCUGGUGGUGGAAGAUCUUCUCGGCGGACUGGACGUGCACGACAAGCUCGUGGGAUAUAUCAUUAAGGAAGCGCCGAGUCUAGCCGAACUCGUGGCUGAUCUGGACGAUCCCACAAAAUGUUACCUGGUGGUGUUGGGUAAGAAUACCGGAUACCUGCUGGUGGGGCUAGAUCACCGCGUGUCGGGUCUCCUAUCUGAAGUGGGAUUGAAGUCGAUCGUGGGACCGGUGGGACAGGUCGUCGGCACCGUGGGACAGGGCGGACUCCUCGAGCAUGUGGCACCUGUAGAUAACUGCUUGUUGCAGAUUGUCAGCGAGGAUGGGAAGAUCCUCCUGGUGGAAUUGAGUGGACCGCUCGCGGGCGAGGUGAGUGGAUUGGGACUGGGGCUGGCUAAGACGGUGGGCAAGGUGGUCAAAGCAGCGGCGGAAGUGGGCGAGCUAGUUAAGGGUCUGGCACCGGUGGGCGAGUGUCUGUUGACGAUUGUUGGAAAUGACGGGAAACCUCUGUUGAUUCAGCUGUCGGAGGCAGUGGCCAGUCGAGUGGACAAAUCCGUGUUUCCUGGCCUUGAAGUGCCUGUUGGGAAGGUGGUCAAGGUGUUCUGA